GGGGAGGCCACGCUGCGUUCCCGAGGUGUGACCCGAGCUGACAACCCAUGAACACUCCCGGGACCCCGGCGCCCGGCCACCGGGCCCUGCCGCUGCCGCCGCCGCUGCUGCUGGCCACACUGCUUCUGCUGCUGGCCGCUUCGGGACACACAGUCCCUUGUUUCUUCCAUGGCUUGCCUAAACCUACAAAUAUCACCUUCUUAUCUAUCAACAUGAAGAAUGUCCUGCAUUGGAAUCCACCAGAGGGUCUACGUGGAGUUGAAGUCACAUACACUGUGCAAUAUUUCAUAUAUGGGCAGGAGAAAUGGCUGAAUGCCUCUAAAUGCGGGAGUAUCAGCAGGACCUACUGUGACCUUUCUCUCGAGACCUCCGACUAUGAGCACCAGUUCUAUGCCAAAGUGAAGGCCAUUUGGGAAAGCAGGUGCUCCGAAUGGGCCGAGACGGAACGCUUCCACCCUUUCUUGGAAACUCAAGUCAGUCCACCAGAGGUUGCCCUGACAACUGGCGAGAAGUCCAUUUCUAUUGCCCUGACAGCACCAGAGAAGUGGAAAAGAAACCCGCAAGACCACACUGUUUCUAUGCAACAGAUAUACCCCAAUUUGAAGUACAAUGUGUCUGUGUAUAACACUAAGUCGAGAAGAACGUGGUCCCAGUAUGUCACCAACAGCACACUGGUGCUCAGCUCGCUGGAGCCCAACACUCUGUAUUGUGUCCACGUGGAGUCCCUUGUCCCAGGGCCCCCUCGCCUCCCGGUGCCUUCUCAGAAGCAGUGCAUCAGUACUUUGGAAGUUCAAACAUCAGCAUGGAAGGCUAAAGCCAUCUUCUGGUAUGUCUUGCUCACGUCUGUUAUCGUGUUUCUUUUCUCCGCAAUUGGCUACUCGGUUUACCGUUACAUCCAUGUUGGCAAGGAAAAACACCCAGAAAAUUUGGUACUGAUUUAUAGAAAUGAAAUUGGCACAAGAGUCUUUGAACCUACUGAAACAAUCACACUUAAUUUUAUCACCCUCAGCAUGUUGGAUGAUUCUAAAAUUUCUCCAAAGGACAUGAAUUUACUGGACAAAAGCAGUGAUGACAUCAACAUUAAUGACCCUGAGCGCAGUGAGGGCUGGGAGCUGCACUGGGAGGAGGUGGAGGGGCAACAUUUAGGAUGCUCUUCGCAUUUGAUGGAUGUCAUCUGUGGUGCUGAGCAAAGAGACAGAGACACCUCUCUAACCCAGCACGAAUGGCUUAACAGCACCAUCCCCACAGAAGAGGCAGACACUGAGCCUCAAUACAAAGUCCUAACUUACUUCUACGGGGAGGGUGAAAUCCAACAGUUCUGUGGGCCGGAAGAAGCAGCCAGAACAGAGAAAAUAUGUGAGCCACAGGCAACUUCAGAAAACUUGGACCCACAGCUUGAAGACCUACAUCAUCUGGGGCAGGAGCAUCCUGUCUCAGAGGAUGGGCCAGAGGAAGAGCCAUGUAUAACAGUAGUAGAUUGGGACCCUCAGACUGGCAGGCUGUGUAUCCCUUCCUUGCCUAUCUUUGGCCGUGAUCCUGAGAACUAUGGGCAUUAUGAGACAGACCAGCUCUUAGAGGAUGGCCUUCUGUCUAGACUGUAUGAGAACCAGGCACCUGACAAGCUAGAGGAAGAAAAUGAAAAAUGUCUCAUGCAGUUUAUGGAGGAAUGGGGGUUACAUGUACAAAUGGAAAGCUAGCGCCAGGCUUUCUGUUGACUGUCAACAAAUGAAGGAACCAUCCCCGGGGGUGAACAGUGUUCAGAUUAUCAAUGUCAGUAAUGGGACUGCUCUCUUUGUUUGUGUACUUCGUUGGCCUUGAAUCCUCCAUGGGGUUGGCUUCCAUCCAACCUCCUUCCCAAUCCACAGAGUCCUAGAGGAACUUUCUGAAAUGCAGAGCCCUGAGCUUUGUUGUAGACAGAAUAAGAUUUGCAGGUUGGGUGGGGACUUUAUACAGAAGAGCUCACCACGAUCCCAGUUUAUUAUUUUCUAACAGUUAUUUUCUGAAUUUUUACUGUAUAUAUGCAACACUAUCAAAAUAUUUCAUAAAAGUCAUUUAUUUUAUAAAA